GUCAUCGCUACUGUAAGCCAGGGUGGGUGUGAGUUAGCUCGAGUUAAAGCGACUUUUUCCGAUUAAAGUUCAGUUAUUAAAGAAUACAUCAUUUAUUAAAGCCAUAAUUACGGCUCUGAAGUGACGCCACGUCACCGGGAGCGAGCUGGCGCGUUUCCGGCGGUGCAGGAUGAUGAUCAUUGGCUGGACUGAGUGAGCGUGGUCUGAAGCCUCAUCAUGUCUCUGCCGGAGGACACAGGGGAUCGUGGGAAGGAGCGGGAGCGCGGCGCGCGGCCCAAAGUGCGGCAGAGUCGCUCUGAGGAGAGGCGAGAUGGAGGACGGAGAAAACCUGGUCGAGGGAAGAAGAAGAGCCACCCGUCCCAGGAUCUGCGCCCUCUGAGUGAUGGGUUCGAGUAUGGAGAUCUGCUGAGCGGGGAUCUGCUGUCCGGCGAGGGGGGCAGCUCUAUCCCAGCCAGCUUCAGCAGACCCCCGCUGACCCCAGACCCCAGCACCGGGCGCACGCUCCGACAGAAGAUCCAGGACGCAGUGGGACAGUGCUUCCCCAUCAAAACACACAGCAUGAGUCCUGCGCCGGCCCCGUCACGCAGGAAGAUCCACCUCAGCGAGCUCAUGCUGGACCGCUGCCCCUUCCCCGCCGGCUCCGACCUGGCCCAGAAGUGGUACUUGAUAAAGCAGCACACCGCGCCGUUGGAGUGUGUGAACACACCAGUACUGGAGUGUGUGAGUGCACCGCUCGAGUGUGUGAGUGCACCUCUGGAUUGUGUGAGCACGCCGGUGCUGGAGUGUGUGAGCGCGCCGGUGCUAGAGUGUGUGAGCGCGCCACUGGAGGAUGAGGAGGACCGGCUACGUGAGCGGCGCAGGAUUAGCAUUGAGCAGGGCGUGGAGCCGCCGCCGAACGCUCAGAUACACACCUUCGAGGUCACCGCACAAAUAAACCCUCUGUACAAACUGGGCCCCAAACUAGCGCACGGUAUGAAUGAGCUAGCGGGAGACGAGCGCGCUACGCUACACCAGCUGCUCCUGCAGACCUGUCUGGACACGCUGGACGAAGUGGCGGCGUCUGCCCCCGUUUCUGCCUCCGCUGUUCCGGACGUGGAGAUCUGCACUGCGGCUCCGUCCGUCAUCCAAUCAGAGAGUCCCAAAACACAGGAUUACCAGCACCGCGUUCACACACAGAUCGACUAUAUCCACUGCCUCGUUCCUGACUUGCUUGAGAUCACGAAUCUGUCGUGCUACUGGGGCGUGAUGGACCGCUACGAGGCCGAGACUCUUCUGGAGGGGAAACCCGAGGGCACGUUCCUGCUGCGCGACUCUGCCCAGGAGGAUUAUCUGUUCUCGGUGAGCUUCCGCAGGUACGGCCGGUCUCUUCACGCGCGCAUCGAGCAGUGGAACCAUAACUUCAGCUUCGACGUGCACGACCCCAGCGUGUUCCACGCGCCCACCGUCACCGGCCUGCUGGAGCACUACAAGGACCCGAACUCCUGCAUGUUCUUCGAGCCGCUGCUGUCGAACCCGAUCCACCGCACGCAGCCGUUCAGCCUCCAGCGCAUCUGCCGCGCCGUCAUCAGCAGCCGCAGCUCGUACGACGGGAUCGGGACGCUACCGCUGCCCGCCACGCUCAAGGAGCACCUGAAGGAGUACCACUACAAGCAGCGGGUGCGCAUCCGCAGACUGGACACCUGGUGGGAGUGACGGCGCUCAGGGCCAGAGCACCAGUGCCUUUACAUCAGAUCACAGCACACCGUCACCACUGCAGUUUAAUAAUAACCCUCCUGUCCAUCAGAACACAGCACACCAUCACCACUCAAGCAGAAUAAUCCUCCUGGAGAUCCGCCUUCUGCAGAGUUCAGCUCCAACACACCUGCAGGUGCUGUCUCGGUCCUGAUUACCUGCUUCAGGUGUGUUUGAUCAGGGUUGGAGCUGAACUCUGCUGGACAGUGGAUCUCCCUGCUGCUCUAUUGUGAGUUUCUUGAGUGUGUUGAGCAAAAAAAGAAGAUAUUUUGAAGAAUGCUGGGAAUAAACUGACAGUACUGUAGCAGUCAGUGAGUACCGGUGUGCUUCUCAUCUGCAGAAUCCUCUUCUUUAGUGUUCAACAGUACAAAGAAACUCUAAAUGAAGGAAGAAUAAACGAUGACCGAAAGCUUA